AUGGUUCCUCUCUUUGAAGACGUUGCUGAAAGGGUAAUUGAUGGUGGGAAGUGCGAUAUGCAACGACCUGCAUGCCAGAGGUGCUUAUCGUUGAAGCGGCAAUGUCUCGGCUAUUCCGACCCCUGGAAUGUUGUCCUGCGGCAGGUUAACGACCUGGUCGCCGAGCAGGUUCAAGUUCGAGUACGCAAACGCCUCCAGGCUAGACGUUUCGCCGCUGGCAGGCCGCAACUACCUAAACCCGUGCACCUCUCGCCCGAAUACGAGACACCCCUACUCUUCCAUGAAAGCUACAUUUUAGCCUCCGGUAUUUCCUUUUUCAGAACUCUACCGGUAAUUUGCUCCGAAACUCCCGGUGGACCGUUACAGAGUGCUUUGGAAGCCGCCGCCUUAGCGAGCGCCGCCCGGCGAUUCUGCCAGUCUAACCUGAUGGCGCUGGCGAGGAGGAACUACGGUAGAGCAACAAACUCCCUGAAUAGUGUGCUGUGCGAUCCUGUUACUGCCAAGGAUGAUACAGUUCUUGUGUCGCUCUUUGUUCUUGGAUUGUUCGAGACAAUUGCGGCGGAACACUCCCCAAUCUGGUCUACAAACACUGAAAGCAACUGCCACCCCCAUUCUAGAGGAGGAUUGGUGCUGCUGGAAUACAGAGCCGACAAUGAUAUCCCCACGGCAGUUGAUAUCAGCACACAUACAUUCUUCAGCUAUAUUGCGCUCAUGGAAUAUUUCCUAUCACCCCCUGGUUCAGCUCCUCUCUGGUCUCGUCUGCUCACUGCGAAGGCAGCGAACAAUGUUGGACCUGUUCUUGAACCGCUGCUUUGGCGCGCAGUCCACUUCAAAUCCACGAUGGACUGCGCCUCUUACAUAUCGCUACACACUGAAGAUGCUCUAUCUCCUAUAUGUGACAUAAUAAAGAGCGGGUUGGCAGUUGCAGAUGAGUUGAAAAAAUCAGCGGACGCCGUCGGUUCAAAGCCCGUGUCGUCAGUGCCGACCCUAGCGUUCAAUUAUCUGACAUCAGUGGCCAAUGAACAGGACGCAGCAGUGGCAAAGGCUCUGUAUUUGACCGUCAAGCUGCACUUAGUGGAGAGCGUUCGGGAUUUUCUCCUCGCAUAUCCUCAAAUGACUGCUGUUUUGGAUACAAGGCUUGACACAAUUUCGGACACAUCGAGCUGGCAAGAAACUUACGACGCUGUGUCAAUGGUAUUGAGAGAAGAGAAUACGCCUAAGGUUUCUAGUUGCCUCGCAUACCGCGCGUUUUGCAUGAUGUGGCCUCUGAGUGCACUCAUGUAA